AUUUAAUUUCACAAGUUAUGUCUCUUGCAUUAAAAAAAAACGACGAAAUAAACCUUUUGUGUAGUGUAGUUUAUCACGUAUCAUUUUGCAUAUUUCUUUCAUUAUUAGUUUUACAUAACGCUCUCAUAGCUAUAAAAAUAAUAAUUUUCAUCUUAAGUGACUAUAUUUCAACAUUCACAAAACAAUUCAUAAUGAUUGCCGCUGAAAGAAGCACUAGCAUUACUAAAUCUUGUUUGGUCUUGGUUGAAUUCUUGGCCAUGAAUUAUAUUAAAUAUAUUGAUUUCGCUAUUGAAGAAGAAAAGGUUUCUUCUGAAAAAGGUCCUAUUAAAACAAUCUUGUCAACCGCUUCUAAAAAAGUACUCCCUCAAGUAAAGAAAGAUGUCGUUUCUACUCAAAAAAAUACUCCUGUUGUUUCUCCUGAAAUUUUAAAGAAAUCUGAAGCUGUUCGAAAAAGUACUUCAACUCCUACUAAUACUGCUAAUAAAAAUACCGAAGCUUCUCCUGCUCUUUCAAUAUUUGCUGAACUCUCUUUAAGAAAAGCUGAAAAGGACCAAUUGUCUUUGGACCAACGACAUCGACCUUCUGUCCCAUCAUCUCUUGGGGGAAGUCGUACUGGUGAUUGGAAAUCAUUGGAUUAUUAUCCAAGUAAACGUCAUUCAUCUCCUGCUCCAGAAAAACCAAAACGCACGACAACAAUGAAAUUAAUGAAUUCAACCGCUGCAAAUCGUGUAUUAAAAAGUAAAAGAAGAGUACAAGAUCAUGAUGAUGAUGAAGAUGAAGUAAUCCGAUCUAAAUCAACUCAAAAACAAAAAGUUAAACCACAAUUAAAAGAGAUAAAUUUAAAUUUAUUUGAUGAAAGACCUUCACUUUCUCAACCUCCUCGUAAACAUCAUUUAAAUAAAUCUCCUGGAAUGAAUUUACAAAUUGCUAGAAGAUAUUUAAAAGCUAUGGUUAAAGUUAGAAAACAUAGAAAUACCAUAUAAUACUUUAUAUUAUUAUUUAUUUUAAUUAAUUAUUUUUUUUUUCAUUUGUAAGUUUAUAAAUUUUUUUGCAUAAUAAUUUUUUUUUUUCUCUCUCU